UGCCUGCCUACUACGAUCGCAUGAGGACUACGUAAUUUACUUUGAGAUGACCUUGGCAGUAGAUGAUCCACCUGCCUACUCACCACCGUCGUAUGCAUCAACAGUUUAUACUCCUCUAGCGCACUCCGACGUGGUUCGGGUGUUGGCCCUUUACCCCGCCAUUACUCACGAUGCCGAGAUUCAGUGCGAGCUAUUGUCGACCGAGAUAUCCACUUGCCAGGAGCUCGAGCAGUCGUACGUGGCGUUGUCGUAUGUCUGGGGGGACCUGAGCGAUCUUCAGCUUGUCUAUGUCAACGAUCAUGAGGUUUACAUCGGAAGAAACCUUUCUGAGGCCCUCCGUCAUCUUCGUCGUCGAGAUCGUCCGAUACGGCUCUGGACAGACGCGCUCUGUAUCAACCAGAACGAUAUUGCGGAGCGAAACCACCAAGUUCAUCAAAUGCGCAACAUCUAUUCCUCCGCUUUGGAGACAGUUAUUUACCUUGGAGAUCAUGAUGGAAGCAACACCACAACCUCAGCAUGGAACUUUCUCGAAAGACAGAGCGAGUGGGCACUAAACAAGGACGGCAACGAAGACACGCAAUUACCGUUCACUCUCGAGGAAGAUCUUAUAUACUUCAGAGGAGAUGUGGCUGAUGUUGAGCUCAGUGUCCUGAAAAAAGCCUGGUUCUUGCGCGUUUGGGUUCUCCAGGAAGUUGUUGUAUCGAAGAAAGUGUCGAUACAGUGCGGUCAUCGUAGAGUCCCCUGGAACGACUUCUGCAAGCUCAUAUUGCUGAAUCCACGAUACCACGAUCGCUAUGGAUACAGCAUGCAAGCAAUCGAAAGGGUCGAUAUCGUCCGCGACAUGUUUCAGGCCCGCUGCGCCUACCAAGAGUCGCACAAUUUGGCCCAACUCCGACCUUCCUGGCACACCCAUGUCACCAACUAUGGUGGUAGAAGCGCACACAUCAUUGACAUGCUUGCCAGAGCUCGUCAGCUUGAAGCAUCAGACCCCCGGGACAAAAUCUUUGCUCUUCUUGGGAUUUCAACGAACGUGGAUCUUGACAAUAGACUAAUGGCUGUUGAUUACGGCAAAUCCAAAGUCGAGGUACAAACUGACUUGGCCCGCUACAUCAUGGAAGAACAUAAGAGUCUCGACAUAUUGAGCUACGUUAUUCACUCGAUCAACGGCUUGUCUUCUUUACGUAGCUUUGGUCAAGCUGAUGCGUUGCCUUCGUGGGUUCCUGACUGGGAUGCAAGCCAGGUCACUCGAGGGCAGCGUCUGAUGGCCAUGCAUGCCGCUGAACUCAACGAGGACUCACUACCUCUGGACCCCGCUAGCCCCAUCGUUCCAACAAUCUUGACUUACUUGAGUGAAGAGAAAGACGAGGAACGUGAAAGACGACAAGACAUGGCCUCCAAGAGCAUGGCAUGGCUCAACGACAACAAGAUCCUCCUAACGAUGGGUUCGGUCAUUGGCACCGUAACGCACGCCGGGCCCGACAUCAGACUCCGGGGAGCUGAUGAACUGUCAUUUCAAGCAAUCAGAAAUCAAUGCGACGACCCCACAGAGUUGCGCCAGAAAAUCAUGGCGAGAUGGGCUCGGCUUCUUCUCCAGAAACACAGAAGGAAAUACGUAGGGACCCACGAUGACUCAAGACUGCCUUCUGGCCCAUCGCAGAGUAUGGACACUGUUCUUCGAUCAUUAGGGGAUACUCCGGAUUUUGGUUCCCACACAAUCGAAAGUCAUUUGUUCUCUAGAGGGCGACAGACAGCUGCCUGGUCCGGGGAAGGUGAGCAGGUUAUCAACAGAGUCACUGACAGGACGAGCAUGCUCGAAAAUAAGUCUAUCGGCUCCUACAAUAGAACGGUCGAUCCUCUUUCGAAAUUUCACAAAGUUGUGUUACCACCCGGGGCGAGAAGGAACGAUCUUAUAGUCUCGUUACGUGGUGCGCGAGUGCCAUUUGUUGUUCGGCCGAUGGUCGACAGUCAUGUCGCGGUGGAAAUGGAAGAGGCUUACCUUUUUCCACUCCUCCGCGCAGGCUUCGACUUGUUGUGUAUCGAGGACCCAGCCUUUCUCGGUCACUGCAAACUCGUCGGAGAAUGCUUGGUCAAUGAGUAUGAGGACAGCCUCUGUCAAGCGGGCAACGAAUGGGAGACUAUCGCGUUUCACUGAAGAUCUGCAUGUAUGUACACUCACAACAACACCAGCACCAGUGAUCUUGGCAACUAAGAUUAAAUUUUGCUAUCAAAACGAGUACCAAACCAACUUUUCAAUCUGCUUUUUGAGUUUUCCGCCAUUUUCGUCACACCGCCAGCUGCUUUGGCCCAGUCCCGGCACAUAGCAUUAGGCAGGAAGAAAAGCGAAAUGAUACAACUUUUAUGAGACUCAAACCCAAAAAUGAGCCUGCGACAGAAUAGAAAGCAGAGUCAAAAACCGAGCGAGCCCAUACUCCAAAUCAAAGUUGCCAGACUAAGUGCCUUUGAAUUCCAUUGCAAAAUAAGUGACCGGUCACUUAUUU